GCAUUAUCACUUCAUUCGCCGGUCGACUGUCUCCAGUGAAAGAACAUUUGUUCGCAAAAAUUUCUGUUACGCUUUGGCGGUCGCGUGUGCAACAACGCGGCUCGGUCGUUCUGUUAAUUAAUUUGAUUGUUAUAACACCCGCUACAAAAGGGUCGGGCCGUAUCGUAACGUACCGUGGUUCGUUGUUCUGUAUUAUAAUAUGUCGUACACUAGGAAAGUGACUACGGUUAGGACAGGAUGCAAUGGUGAAAGAAUUGUGACCACCACCCAGCAGCUCAGUGGAGGCUGUGUUAGCAAUUCAUCAUGGUUUCAGCAACAGAUUCAACAACCAUUCGAGACCAUGGUCAACCAUUGUUCGAACGAAAAUCCUAUCGAAUCACAUUCCAUCGAAUCUACGUCAGCGUCGUCGCCGUCGUCGUCCUUCGAGGAAGCUGUUUUGGAGGAACACAAUCGGCUACGUGCUCGUCAUUCAGCAGCUCCGCUCAGGUUCAAUUCAGCGAUGAACCAGUACGCACAGGAAUGGGCCAAUAAUUUGGCCAGGCGAAACACGAUGCAGCACCGGUCGAACAAUAAAUACGGCGAGAAUCUGUUUGCCAGCUUCGGUAAGGCGGACGUCACCGGUGAGGAAGCGGUUCGCGCGUGGUACAACGAGAUAAAGGAUUAUCGAUUUGGGCAGUCCAAUCCGGGCAAUUUCUCCCAAGUCGGACACUUUACUCAGCUGGUGUGGAAGGGUUCGCGGCAGCUUGGCGUAGGAAAGGCCAGGAAUGGAAAUAACAUUUAUGUUGUGUGUAACUAUGAUCCACCGGGGAAUUAUUCGGGUGAAUAUCCUGCCAACGUUACGGCCUCUUGAGUUAAUUCAAUAACUCAUACUAUUAAGCAAUGAUCGAUUAUCAAACAAUCAAAGCGAUGUUCAUAAAAAUAGUAUUAUUCAAAAUGUUUUCUCUCACUUUCUUCUUCUAAUAAAAGCUUCGAAUAAUAUUGAAAA